AUGCUCCAUCUCUACGACUCCAAUAUCCCCUCAGGUAACGGCUACAAAGUCCACCUCCUCCUCUCCCACCUCCGCCUCCCCUACCACACCACCGACCUUGACCUCCUCACUACCCCCGCCGAGACUCGCCUCCCCGCCUAUCUCGCACUCAACCCCAACGGCCGCAUCCCCCUCAUCAUCCUCGACGACGCUACCCACACCGUCCUCCCCGAAAGCAGCGCCAUCCUCUACUACCUUGCCAAAGACACGCCCUACCUCCCCUCAACCCACCUCGGCGUCACUCAGGUGCUGCGCUGGAUGUUCUUCGAGCAGUUCAGCCACGAGCAGUACGUCGCCGGGCUCCGGUUCGCGACCCACUGGAUCGGCCUGGAGAACGUGAGCGCUGAGACGCGCGAGCGGCUACAGACGCGGGGGCAGGCCGCGUUGGACACCAUGGAGGCGCAUCUGGAGGGGAAGACGUUCUUCGUCGAGGAGAUGUACACGAUCGCGGACAUCGCGCUGUUCGCGUAUACCCAGUUCGCGGAGCUGGUGGGGUUUGCGGUCGGGGGGAAUGUGAAGGCGUGGUUGCAGCGGGUGAGGGAACAGGAGGGGUAUGUGACGAUCAAAGAUGAUCCGUCCGGGAAGGCGCCGAGUAUGAAAUGA